GGCCGAAUCCAACUAGACGGAAUGUCCUGAUCCUCGUAUGAACGAUCAUGGUGCGUCCGUCUCUCUGCGGUAGUAGCCAUAACGAAGGCGCGGACUGGAAAUAUAAAACCCCUGGCGACUUCAACUUGGAUCGUCAUUCGAAUUGCCUCUCCGAACUAGAACUACAAGGUUAACCUAAAGCCAUAUCAUCAUUAGACACUAGUUCAUCAGCUUGACGAGAUGAGGCCAUCCCUUUAUGCAGCGCUUACUGCCCUAGCUGCCACUAAUGUGGCUGGACACUCUAUAUUCCAGGACCUCUGGGUCGAUGGAGUUGACAUGAUAAGUUUUGAAUAACGCUCUGGGGAGGGUAUUAAACUAAUCUAACUUAGUACGGCUCCCAAUGCGUUCGAAUGCCGCCGUCUAAUAGUCCUGUUACCAACGUAAACAGCAUUGAUAUUCGAUGUAACGUCGGUGGUAGCCGAGGUGUCUCGGGAAAGUGUGCCGUGAAGGCUGGUUCCACGGUAACAAUCGAGAUGCAUGAGCAACCCGGCGACCGGAAAUGUAAUAGCGACGCCAUUGGCGGAAAUCACUUUGGCCCAGUGAACGUAUACCUUAGCCAGGUUCCUGACUCCUCAUCUGCCGACGGAUCUACCCCGUGGUAUAAGAUCUUCGCGGACUCGUGGUCGGCUAAGGGCACAGUUGGAGAUGCCGACAACUGGGGAACUAACGAUCUCAACUCAUGUUGCGGAAAGAUGGAUGUCCCUAUUCCGGUAGAUACACCAGAUGGCGAUUACUUGCUGCGCGCUGAAGUCAUAGCACUCCACACCGCGUCCAGCGCCGGCGGUGCUCAGUUCUACGUUUCAUGCUAUCAACUCAGCGUCAGGGGUGGCCAGACUAAAGCCGCUGCACUACCGGCUGGUGUUAAGCUCCCUGGCGCCCUGAAGAGCAGCGACCCUGGCAUCCAAAUCAACAUCCACUCCAAAGUAAGCAACUACGUGAACCCGGGCCCGGCCGUAAUCGCUGGCGGUACUACAAAGCAGGCUGGUUCGGGCUGCUCGGCCGGCUGCGCGAAGACUUGCGCCGUUGGCUCCGGUCCUGUCGGCACUGCCAUUGGAUCAGCCCCUAAGCCUACAUCGGGUGCUGGCAGCCCCGGCGGAGGCCAAGCCGGAUGUGCGCAAGCAAGAUAUCAGCAGUGUGGUGGUCAGGGGUACACGGGAUGCACGGCAUGUGCUGAAGGUCUUACUUGCAGUGACGUUUCUCCACCGUACUACUCUCAGUGUGCUUAAGGAUAGGACCGGCCUAGGUUGUCUUGAAUUGGGCUCUAUAACUAAUUUCAUUCGUUAAUGAAUAUAAAUAUAAAUGAUGGAAAGUGC